GCCAACCAUUUGAUCACUCAAUUGUAUAUAUAUAUAUUGGACGUGGCACGUCCUCUAAUGACCUUGUCUGCAUAUGCAUACAUUACGAACUGAGUGGGAAGUUGUUGCUGUUCAGCAAUCGUUUAUGUCAUGAAGUCUCUUCAGAAUUUCGAUGCUUUUGCAAAACCACUCAAAGACUUUCGUAUCAAAACGCUGUCUGGAGCUUUGGUUUCAAUAAUAAGUAGUCUAAUCAUCGGAAUUUUGUUCACAUCAGAACUUCUCUCGUUUACGCGCACACGGAGUAAGCAGGAGAUUAUUGUAGAUGUCAACCGUGGAGAAAAGAUGUCUAUCUACUUGGAUAUAACGCUAAACUUUAUCCCGUGCAGAUUUUUAAGCCUAGAUACAAUGGACACGACGGGUGCGCAGCAGCUAAAUGUUAUGCACGAAGUUUACAAAACUAGUGUUUCAGUUGAUGGCAUUCCUUUAUCGGAUAGUGUUCGCCAUGCUGUUAAUGAUGCUUCGGCUAUCACAACGACUAGAGAUCCCAAUUAUUGUGGCUCAUGUUAUGGGGCAGAGUCUCCUUCAAGGAAAUGCUGUAAUACAUGUGAGGAAGUUCAAAUGGCGUAUAAUGAAAUGCGAUGGGUAUUUGUAAAUAUUUCUGCAUUUGAACAGUGCCGAAAGGAAAACUGGAACGAGAUUAAACAAAAGAUAGGCAAUGAAGGUUGCAGGAUUCAUGGAAAUUUAACAGUUAAUCGAGUUGGUGGGGCGUUUCAUAUUGCUCCUGGUCAUAGUUACACUGAAAAUCAUGCACACUUUCAUAGCUUUCAAAGUCUCGGUCCUGUUCAGUUCAACGUGUCUCAUUCAAUCGGGGAGCUUCGUUUUGGUGACUCAUAUCCUGGUCAAGUUAAUCCACUAGAUGGAACAAAAAUGGCGGUACAAACACGUAAGUAUUAAUUUGUAUUUAUUUGGAAUGUCUCAUCUUUGCCUUGAUAACAAAAAUAAACAUUCGUUCACCACCCUGAUGACACAUAUGGCACCCCUGACGUUCAGAGACACCGCCGAGUAAGUAGUAGAAAAAUUAGAGAUGAAAAUUCCUAUGGGAGGUAAAUCUUUAUUUUAUUUGCCAAAAUAUCCGACAAAUGCCUUGCAUAAGCCUAGCAGUCACCUCCCAUGUAUUAUAUCGAUUUAUUCAUGAUAGUGAAAUCCUGAAAGUAAAUCUAUUUCAGCAGUGCUUACAGACUUACGAGGUUCCAAGAGUAUUGGAAAUUGAUAAUGAGUAGUCAG